CCAGUGAUGGGAAUAUAUAUCAUAGUCGUCCAAAAGAUUUUCUGGACUCUUAUGAAGAUCUUACUCGUGGUUAUUGUGUAUUUAUUCAGUUUUUCAAGCACCUUCUUCGUACUGUUGAUAGAAUAUGAUAGUUUUCGCAAUGUAUACAUGUCUGCUGUAUCCACUUUCGUCGUCAUGACAUCUGGAUUCGAAUACAAGGAACAGUUUGUCAACCGUGGUUUACAUCCAGACAUUUACGAACUAAAAUUGAUUAUUCUUAUUUUGUUUAUACUCGUCAUGACGAUCGUUAUAAGCAAUGCUCUAAUUGGCCUAGCUGUUGGUGAUACCGAUGAAGUUAUGAAAUCUGCAAAAUUUGAUAAAUUUAAACGAAUGGCUGAAUUUGUUGUUCAUCUGGAGAAAAGUGUGAAUCGCAUCCCAUGUUUGAGAGUGAAGGAAGAUAAAUUCCACACGGAGUUCCCCCAAAGGAAAAAGAAUAUAUAUAACAAGGUUUUAGAUUUGCUGUACUUUGGUAGCCAAUUCGACACAAUUGAAGAUAGAAAUGAAACUGAAGAACAUGAACAUGAAAUUGAAACAACCUUAGAAGAUCAUUUUGAAAAAGCAAUUGAUAAUAAAUUGGAAAGUCUUCGCUCAAGCCUAAGAAACGAAUUUAAAGAAGUCCAGGAUCAAAUUAGAAAUGAACGUGAAUGUGUAGACAGAAGAAUGAAAACGAUACUAGAAAGAAUUGGAGGCGAGUGAUAUAUAUAUAUAUACAUUGGGUUUAAAAAAAAGGACCACAAGGUUUUUUGAAAUUUGAAACCAUAGUGAACUGUGUUUAUGAGAUAGUCUACUUUUAAGGCGGCUAUCAACGCGCAAGCCGUAUACGUGCAGGUAUACGUGCGAUUUCGUGUACGUACGUGCAAGUGGAGGCCGGACGGCCUUUAAAGGAAUCGCCUUAAGUAUUACUAUGACUGACACUUGGUCCUGAAAGUACAAAAGAGUUUAAUUCCCAAACAGGAUUUCAAGCUUCUAAUUGUAAUAAGGCGCAUCACUGUCAGCUCAACUAAAGUUCGAUUUUAUGCAUGAGGAAUUAUAAGAUUUAAAAAAUAUCAAAUGUCAAAAUACGCGAUUGUCAGAACAGUUUACUUGAACGUGCAAUUGCCUAGCAACUUUUUUCCGGUCUCUACAUUAUAUUGGCCAAGGCCAAGCCAGCGUAUUGCCAAAACCCGCCACGUACAGAAGUCGAAAGCUUAUAUCUUCUGAUCAAAACAAAAAAAUGGAGCCAGGAGAACGAAUGCCAAUGAAUGUAUUCAAAGGAGACGAGGAACCGGCGGAGGAUGAUAAUGACGGUGGACUUCGCGAAUCUGUAACAUCCAUUAGCGACAUAGGUUUUGGCAACCCGCUUAUGAGUGCUGUCCGACGUGGCCAGUCUCUUAGAGCAAAUUAUUUUCAAGAAAUAAAAUUAGAUAGUUUGGACAUCAAAGAAACUGACAAUUAUCAACGAAAUGUGUUCCACUAUGCGGUGUCGAAGCCGGAUACUUUGCGAAAGCUGCUGGAAAACGCUAAAGAAAAAUCCUCAGUGGAUGAGGCUCUUCAUCAGGCAGAUAACAAACAAGGAGAUACUCCGAUACACCGUGCAGUCAUCAUUGCAAAUAUUGAGUCAUUAAAAAUACUUUAUGAAUAUGACAACUCGUUAUUGAAGUUAGAAACGAAAAUAGCAAGGAGAUCUGCUCUUCAUUUGGCUGUGAAAAGUAAAUCAAUGAUCGCUGUUAAGUUUGUCCUCAGCAAAGAUCCUGACUCUGUGAACAGAGUGGAUAAUAUGUUGCAAACGCCUGUCCACUAUGCUGCUGGUAUUAGACAAUCCAAUGUUUUGGAAUUCUUAAUAUCCAAAGGAGGCGACACGACACUUCCAGACGCAAAUAAUCAAAUGGCACUGCAUAUAGCUGCAAGUAAAGGAUUAAAAAAGAAUGUUGCACUGCUUUUACAAGAGAAUCCAGAUUCUAUAAACAUCGCAGAUAAUAGUUCCCGAACAUCAUUAUUAUUAGCAGCACAAAACAAUUUCCCCAACCUGGUCUCAUAUCUACUUUCCUUGAAUGCUGAUUACGAGAUUCCGGAUAAAUUUGGACUUUCCGCUUUUGACUGGGCAUUUUCGAGCAACUCGUCUGAAGUUGUUCACGUUUUCCUGAAAACUGAGGUCUGGAAAAAGAUAGUGAGUAAUUCACACCGUGGACCUGAAGGAAGUUUGGCAAGUAUGAUUGAAAGUAUGCCUGAAAUGGCGAAGGUGUUAUUAGAUAAAUGUGUAUCUACUGAAGGAAGCAAAGAGACUCGUGAUUUAAAAGUUAUAUAUGAUUUCUUUUGCCUGGAACAAAAAGGAAUGAACGGUCGCCCGCGUCCUCAGUUCGAAGCCUUAAAUGCCAUGAUCGAAAACGAAUGCGAGAUAUGCUUAGGGCAUCCAUUAUCUGUCAAAUAUGUUAAAGUGAAAUGGCGAAAAAGAGGAUUCAAAUACAGUUUGGCGUCAAUAAUUGUGAAUUUGAUCUUUCACAUUUGUCUUAUGGUAUAUGCAGUACUAGUUGUUGGAAAAGUACACCCCAGACAACGCUUUGAGGUUGAAAAUGUCAGAAACGACACCCACCAUCGCCACGGUGUUGCACCAACUGCUCCUGGCAUAAUGUUGAUAAGAUCAGUAUUACUAAUCAUAAUAUUUGCGACAGUGACAAAAAAUAUUUUUCAGGUAAAAGUGCAAGGCCUCCAUUAUUUCAAAAUGCCACGUCACUAUUUUGAAAUUAUGUUGCAUGUCGCUGUUGUCAUGUUUCUUUUGCCUGUAACUGAAGAGUUAUCACUAGUGCAAAUUGGUAGUGGAUCGUUCGCUGUCUUAUUGUCAUGGUUUACACUCAUUCAGUUUCUCAAAGUUAUACCAGUGAUGGGAAUAUAUAUCAUAGUCGUCCAAAAGAUUUUCUGGACUCUUAUGAAGAUCUUACUCGUGGUUAUUGUGUAUUUAUUCAGUUUUUCAAGCACCUUCUACGUACUGUUGACAGAAUAUGAUAGUUUUCGCAAUGUCUACAUAUCUGCUGUAUCCACUUUCGUCGCCAUGACAUCUGGAUUCGAAUACAAGGAACAGUUUGUCAGCCGUGGCUGGCAUCCAGACAUUUACGAACUAAAAUUGAUUAUUCUUAUUUUGUUUAUACUCGUCAUGACGAUCGUUGUAAACAAUGCUCUAAUUGGCCUAGCUGUUGGUGAUACCGAUGAAGUUAUGAAAUCUGCAAAAUUUGAUAAAUUUAAACGAAUGGCUGAAUUUGUUGUUCAUCUGGAGAAAAGUGUGAAUCGCAUCCCAUGUUUAAGAGUGAAAGAAGAUAAAUUCCACACGGAGUUCCCCCAAAGGAAAAAGAAUAUAUAUAACAAGGUUUUAGAUUCGCUGUACUUUGGUAGCCAAUUGGACACAAUUGAAGAUAGAAGUGAAACUAAAGAUCAUAUAAAUGAAGUCGAGAUGACCUUAGAAAAUCAUUUUGAAAAAGCAAUUGAUAAUAAAUUGGAAAGUCUUCGCUCAAGCUUAAGAAACGAAUUUAAAGAAAUCCAGUAUCAAAUAAAAAAUGAACGUGAACGUUUAGACAAAAGGAUGGAAACAAUACUAGAAAGAAUAGGUGGCAAGUGAAGAAUAGAAGUAGAUAAAAUAGGGGGAAGGUAAAAAAUAGGAGGAUAGUAAUAUGAAUGGGGAAAAGUAAAUAAUAAGGAAAGAACAGAAUGGUUAGGGGAAAGUAAAGUAAUUAGUUCUUUAGGCUAUAUAAGUAUGUAUAACUGGAUGUAUUAAAAAAACGCAAGCUUUUUUGUAAUCUGUUCCGGCUCAAAACUGAAAUUUCCUUCUUCCUUUAGGGGCUGUUUACAUGAGCCCGGUUACCAGGUAUUGAAAUUAGUAAAUAAUACCAUGAUAUACUAAUAGUAGCCGUGUAGUCAUCCUAACAAUAGCGAUGACAUCCUAUAUAAACCUAUCGAUGUGCUUUCUAGGUUUCAGGACUUAUUUCAAUGCUUUACAAAAAGUUUAAAAAAUAGUAUAUGGUUGCAUAGGAUAUGGUAGGUGGUAAAUAAAUACGCGUAAUAAUAAUAAUCCGACAUGUUUUUUUAAAAAAUAACUUGCAGUAUGUAAAACUGAAUUACAUGGUAAUAUAUACA